CGUCGUCAGGGAGCGCGAUGUAGCUGAUGAGCAAGCUGAUGAAUGCGGGGGUUGGGGGCGUGGCAUUGUUUAUUUAUUUAAAAAAAAGUCAUGCAAAAGAUUGAUCUGCACUAUUUUUACUAAGAUUUGAAACCUGCAAAUUCCCCUGAGAUAAAAAUGACAGAAGGAUUUGAAGAUAAUGGCAUAGGAAUGGUAAAGGUCACCCCAAUGAUGAAGAGGUUCCACUUUUCAAACCCUUUGUGUCUGGUCAACCUGAAUCUCCUGUCAGAAGCCCUGUGGUGCAAUGUCUGCGACGUUCCACUUUCGCUGAGAUGCUGCGUUCAGGAAAGGAUGUGGAGGAACACACACUUCCUAAAGGUCAAGUGCCACCUUUGUGUAUUUGAAAGAAGCGUCCUUCUCUGCAAUGAUGAUCCUGACGACGAGACAUAUCAUGAUCCUGAGCGAUUGUCCUGUGAUUACGGAGCAGAAACCUUGGCAGAAACUUUAGAGAAUGGUGUAGAGGAACCUGACAUUUGUGAGAAUUAUGCACUUGAAGAUUGCAACGACCUUUGCUCACAAAAAAGUGCCAAGUCAGCAUGCACGCCUUAUGCUCGAAGAAAAAGGGGUCGACCUCCUGUAGUCAAAAGAAAAGUCCCUGGAUCGUCAGACCCACUGGAAGCACCAAGAAGGUCCACCAGAGGAAGGUUGCUUCCUAGAAAAGUGAAUGAAUCCAAAAAAAGAGUUUCUCCAGCUCCUUCAUCAAUUGAAGAUGUCAAAAAAGUUGAAGAAGAGGAAAUACAGUUUGAUUGGGCAGACCAAGAAGAAUUUGAUUAUGACCAAGGUCCUUUAAAUCGAUCUGAAGAAGAAAAUGAGCCUGAAGAAAAUUACAAAAAGGUACAAACGCCUUGUUGCUCCUACUGUCAGCGCCAGUUCCGAUGGAAGAAGCAACUCGUCAACCACAUGAAAGCUGAGCACCCUGAGGUGCGCGCCUUUUUUUGCGAGCUGUGCUCCGAGGAAUUCACCACAAUCUACUUCCUACGAAAGCACAAACGGGAGAGUCACCUGCCCAAGAAUUCACCAAAGUGCGAGACCUGUGGCCAAGCCUUUCCCACGCUGGAUGUGUUGGAAGCACACAAAAAGCGGCACCUGCCGAAGGACGCCAGACAAUUCAAGUGCAGCCGCUGCUCCAAGAAGUUCUUCGAAGCAAAAAGGCUGAACGUCCACUUCCUAAGGUUCCACAAAAAGGUUGAGGGGGAGUUCAAGUGUGCCCAUUGCCCACGCAGCUAUGAGACAAAACGCCAACUUCUCAGGCACAUCAUCGAGCAUGUUCAGGAUGAUAUCUACGCCAUCAAGCAUAAGGAUGAGUUUGCUCGCUGGAAGUGUGAGUACUGUGAAAAGAUUUUCAAGAACAUGGGUCGGCAGUUGGUGCACAUGCGGGAGUGCCACCCGGAGUUCAAGGCCCUCAUCUGUGGCUGGUGCGGCGAACAGUGCACCACGGGCAAGGCCUUUCAAAAGCAUCGUCGUCUCAAUCACCGUCCAGACUCACUCUAUGUUUGUGACGAGUGCGGCCGAGCCUUCUUGAACCCCCGCAGGUUGAAGCUGCACAAGGUUUCCCAUCGGACCGAUAACGAGGGAAAAGAGUUUUUGUGCUCGUACUGCCCCCGAGCUUUUGCCGAGAAUAGUUCCUUGGCUGACCACAUAAAAAGGUUCCACGUCAUCACCACCUACUACUGCGAGCACUGCCCGAAAACUUUCAAGAUGAAGUUCAACAUCCGAAGACACAUGCAGCUGCACACAGGAGAGUUUCGACACUCUUGUCCCUUCUGCGGUGCCAAUUUUGUCGCUGCUGAUGGCAGGGACCAUCACAUUCGCAACUGCCAUCGUUUCAUGUGCGUGGUGUGUUCCUCAAUUUUCCCCACAAAGGACGAAGUUGUGAUGCACCGAAUCAGAGAACACCCAAGUGUCGAUAGGGCUCGCGAGGGUGAUACAAUUUUUGAGAAGAUUACGGACUACAAUUGUGAAGUUUGCUUCCGUUACCUAUCUUCGAAACAAGCACUAAACACUCAUUUGAGGACUCACACCAAGAGAAAGAGGAAAGAAGAAGACUCGGCUGCAGAAACUCAAAAAUAAAUA